CUCAAGUGAUCUUCCUGCUUUGGCCUCCCAAAGUGCUGGGAUUACAGGCAUGAGCCACCAUGCCCAGCAGAUUCUAGAAUCUGGAGGCUUUGCCGGAUUGCAGAACUGGGGGCUCCCUAGAAUUCCAGAUCCCUGGACCCUCAAAGUGCAAAUGGCCCCCGCUGUCAGGCGGCAGAAUUCUGGGUGUUUCUGGCAUCAGCAAAGCGCCCGGGGCCCACCCCUCCUCGGGGCUCAGAGAUCAGAUCCCAGGGGCCACGAAGCGCUGCUUCUCUGGUCCUCCCCUGGUGGGGCCUCGCCAGCGUCCUGACCAGCCAGAGAGGAGAGGAGAGGCCGUGCCAGGCCCCGUGCUGGCCUCCCUGCCUGAGGAACUUGAGACGGCCGCCACCACCUGAGCCCAGGGUGGGAGAGGUCCAGGGGGGACUGGACACCGCCGGCCGUGGCCAGCGGCUCGGUGCCAGUUUCCAGCGUCCCCGGGGUCCAGAGCUCUGGGUCGGCAGUUUGUCCUGAGACACAGGCGGCGUAAGGGAGUCCCGGAUGUGUGUCCCCAGGUGUGCCCCAGCCAGCGCCGCAACCCGCCUGCAGCAUCAGCCUGAUGGGGCGGUGACUGGCGCCCUCGGCCCCGGCGCCAUGUGGUCCAACGACAGCUCGCUGGGGCCCUGCUUCCGGCCCACCAACACCUCGGUGGAGGAGCGGCGGCUGAUCGCCUCGCCCUGGUUCGCGGCCUCCUUCUGCGUGGCGGGCCUGGCCUCCAACCUGCUGGCGCUGAGCGUGCUGGCGGGCGCGCGGCAGGCCGGCCCGCACCCGCGCUCGUCCUUCCUCACCUUCCUGUGCGGCCUGGUGCUCACCGACUUCCUGGGGCUGCUGGUCACGGGCAGCAUCGUGGUGGCGCAGCACGCGGCCCUGUUCGACUGGCGCGCGGCCGACCCCGGCUGCCGCCUGUGCCGCUUCAUGGGCGUCGCCAUGGUGUUCUUCGGGCUGUGCCCGCUGCUGCUGGGCGCCGCCAUGGCCUCCGAGCGCUGCCUGGGCAUCGCGCGGCCCUUCUCGCGGCCCGCGGCCGCCUCCCCGCGCCGCGCCUGGGCCGCCGUGGGGCUGGCGUGGGCCGCGGCGCUGGCGCUGGCGCUGCUGCCGCUGCUGGGCCUGGGCCGCUACUCCGUGCAGUUCCCCGGCUCCUGGUGCUUCCUCACGCUGGGCGCGCGGCGCGGCGACGCCCUCGGUGCUUUGCGGCUCGGGCGGCCUGUCCUGGCGCUGUCCUUCCUGCUCAACACGGUGAGCGUGGCCACGCUCUGCCGCGUCUACCACGGCCGCCAGGCCGCCCGCCAGCGGCCGCGCGACGGCGAGGUGGAGAUGAUGGCGCAGCUGCUGGGCAUCAUGGUGGUGGCCAGCGUCUGCUGGAUGCCUCUGCUGGUCUUCAUCGCCCAGACACUGCUGAGGAGCCCGCCCGCCAUGAGCCCCACCGGGCAGCUGCCGCGCGCCACGGAGAAGCAGCUGCUGAUCUACCUGCGCGUGGCCACCUGGAACCAGAUCCUGGACCCCUGGGUGUACAUCCUGUUCCGCCGCGCCGUGCUCCGGCGCCUGCAGCCCCGCCGCAGCCUGCGGCCCGGCUCGCUCUCCCUGCGGCCCCAGCGCCCGCGCGGCUCCGUGCUGCAGUAGGGCCCGC